AUGGGUGGGAGGAAUGAAACCAAAGUCAUGUAUUUCAUUCUCCUGGGUUUUCCCACCACUGGUGAACAGCAGCUGCUUCUCUUCUCUGCUUUACUUCUGGCUUAUUUAUUAACUGUGUUGGAAAACUUCCUCAUCAUUCUCAUCAUCCGAAACACCCACAGCCUGCAAAAACCCAUGUAUUUCUUCCUAGGGAAUCUGUCCUUCUUAGAGAUCUGGUAUGUCUCUGCCAUUGAGCCAAAGAUGAUCAGAGAUGUCCUGUCCCACGACAAAAGGAUUUCAUUCCAGGGCUGCAUGGCACAGCUGCAUUUCUUUGUGACUUUUGUUUGCACUGAGUACGUCCUGCUGGCCGUGAUGGCCUUCGACCGCUUCGUGGCCAUCUGCAAACCCCUCAGGUACCCCCUGAUCAUGAGCCACAAGCUCUGUGCCCAGCUGGUGGCUGCCUGCUGGAUGUGUGGCUUGGCCACCUCUUCCAUCAAGCUGGGCUUUAUAGCCAGCCUCUCCUUCUGCGACGUGGACAAAAUCAAUCAUUAUUUCUGCGACAUUUCCCCCCUCCUGAACAUCUCCUGCAGCGAUUCCUCUUCGGCCGAGCUCGUGGACUUCACCUUGGCCCUGCUGGUCAUCAUGCUGCCCCUGUGCGCUGUGGUGGCCUCCUACAUCUGCAUCCUCUUCACUGUGCUGAAGAUUCCUUCUCCCCAGGGGAGGCAGAAGGCUUUUUCCACCUGCAGCUCCCACCUGACCGUGGUGGUUUUGUUCUACUCCACCACCCUUUUCACCUACGCCCACCCCAAGCUCAUGUACACCUAUCGUGCCAACAAGCUGGUGUCAGUCCUGUACACGGUGGUUGUGCCGCUUCUGAAUCCUCUCAUCUACUGCCUUAGAAACAAAGAGGUCAGGGUUGCCAUGAGGAGGAAAUCAAUGCUGUCACCUUUUCUUAAAAGUCUCCAGCUGAAUGACUGCUCUGUUUUGUUCUACUCCACCACUCUUUUCACCUACGCCCGCCCCAAGCUCAUGUACACCUAUCGUGCCAACAAGCUGGUGUCACUCCUGUACACGGUGGUUGUGCCACUUCUGAAUCCUCUCAUCUACUGCCUUAGAAACAAAGAGGUCAGGGUUGCCAUGAGGAGGACCUUUACUUGCAGAAGAGGCGCCAAAGAAAUCAACUGA